CAAACAGCCAAAAAUCUCCAUUUUCCCCCUCAUUUUAGGGCCAAAAGCAGGAAAUCCGGAUUUUUCACCUCAGUUUUUGGGCCCAAAUGGCCCCAAAUCCCAGUUCUCCUCCUCAUUUUUGGGGCCAAAAGCAGGAAAAUCCCCAUUUUUCCCCUCAGUUUUGGGCCCAAAUGCCCCAAAAUCUUCAUUUUCCCCCUCAGUUUUGGGCUCAAAUGGCCCAAAAUCCUCAUUUUCCUCCUUAUUUUGGGGCCAAAAGCAGGAAAAUCCCCAUUUUUCCCCUCAGUUUUGGGCCCAAAUGCCCCAAAAUCUUCAUUUUCCCCCUCAGUUUUGGGCUCAAAUGGCCCAAAAUCCUCAUUUUCCUCCUUAUUUUGGGGCCAAAAGCAGGAAAAUCCCCAUUUUCCCCCCUCAGUUUUGGGUCCAAACGGCCUAAAAUCCCGAUUUUCCCGCCAAUUUUGGGGCCCAGUUGGCUCAAAAUCCCCAUUUUUCACCUCAGUUGUGGGCCCAAAUGGCCCAAAAUCCCCAUUUUCCCCCUCAUUUUUUGGGCUCAAAUGGCCCAAAAUCCUCAUUUUCCUCCUUAUUUUGGGGCCAAAAGCAGGAAAAUCCCCAUUUUUCACCUCAGUUUUGGGCCCAAACAGCCAAAAAUCCCCAAUUUCCCCUCAGUUUUUGGGCUCAAUUGGCCCAAAAUCCCCAUUUUCCCCCUCAGUUUUUGGGCCCAAAUGGCCCAAAAUCCCCAUUUUCUUCCUCAGUUUUGGGCUCAAAUGGCCCAAAAUUCCCAUUUUCUUCCUCAUUUUGGGGCCAAAAGCAGGAAAAUCCCCAUUUUCCCCCCUCAGUUUUGGGCUCAAAUGGCCCAAAAUCCUCAUUUUCCUCCUUAUUUUGGGGCCAAAAGCAGGAAAAUCCCCAUUUUUCACCUCAGUUUUUGGGCCCAAACAGCCAAAAAUCCCCAAUUUCCCCUCAGUUUUUGGGCCCAAUUGGCCCAAAAUCCCCAUUUUUCACCUCAGUUUUGGGGCCAAAAGCAGGAAAAUCCCCAUUUUUGCUUCAUUUUUGGGGCAAAAAGGGGGAAAAUUCCCUUUUUUACCUCACUUUUGAGGCCCAAAUCGUCCCAAAUCCCCGUUUCCCGCCUGGUUUUUGGGGCCAAAAUGGCGCAAAAUUCCCUUUUCCCCCCUCAUUUUUGGGGCUAAAAAAGGGGAAAAAGGGAUUUU